CCAGUGGUCUCCGGAAUGUGGAGGUGUCGCCCCUGGCAGCUGGCAAGGGGGGGGGGGGGGGCGAGCAGACUGCAGACUGCAGAGUCAGCAGACUCACGAGGCUACAUCGCGGCGACAGCCAGCAGCCAGCCACUCCACGCCGAGGCCCAGAGCUGCAGCAGCCAGCAGCCAGCCACUCCACGCCGAGGCCCAGAGCUGCAGCAGCCGCUCCGAGAAGGUAGCGCGAAGAUGUGGAACUUUGUGGCUACGUGUUUGCUGGCAGUCUGCUGCUUCAGCAGCUGCGCGCGCGGCCAGGAGGGCCAGGAGGGCCCCACGCCCUGCACCUGCGGGGUGUUCCUCAGCGGGGACUUCGCCCGCGGCCAGCCGCCCCGGGGCAGCCCUGCCCUCGUGCACGAGCACCCGGACCCCGCCCCCUGCUCGCCCCUGGGCACCAAGCUGUGCACCAACCGCUGUCUCGAGCUGAUCGUGAAGCAUCUCCCCAACAGCCCCAUGAUCGUGUGUGGCACCGUGGACCGAGACUGCUUCAAGGAGAGGGCCUACUUGUUCGUGAAGAACUGCAACGACUCGUGGGUGAACUCCUACCUGUCUGCCGGCCGGGAGUUCUGCUGCAAGGAUGGCGAGCCCUACAAGUGCCCUGCUGGGCCUCUGCGCCUGCCCUAGUCGCUCCGUGCUGCUGCCCUAGUGCUGCUGUACGCCCUGCAGUCCCGCUGCAAGGAUGGCCAGCCCUACAAGUGCCCUGCUGGGCCUCUGCGCCUGCCCUAGUCGCUCCGUGCUGCUGCCCUAGUGCUGCUGUACGCCCUGCAGUCCCGCUGCAAGGAUGGCCAGCCCUACAAGUGCCCUGCUGGGCCUCUGCGCCUGCCCUAGUCGCUCCGUGCUGCUGCCCUAGUGCUGCUGUACGCCCUGCAGUCCCGCUGCAAGGAUGGCCAGCCCUACAAGUGCCCUGCUGGGCCUCUGCGCCUGCCCUAGUCGCUCCGUGCUGCUGCCCUAGUGCUGCUGUACGCCCUGCAGUCCCGCAGACCAGUCGCACUCUCUGGGACUGCUCGGCCGAGUGUUGGCCACCUGGCGCUCAGACACUGAGUUGAGUAGUCGGCGUGAGGCAAACACUCGCUUAGUCCAACCUGCUUGUGAAGUAUAACGAAAAAUGAUCGGAUCACUAAUAUCAGUUCAUCGUCUCUGAAAAUGUAUAAUUCGUUCAAAAGGUAAGACAUAUCCAAGUCAGACCGCGCCAAGUCUGUACGAAUCAAGCCCCCCUCGGCUCUGCAGCUACGGAACACCCGUGCAGCUGAGGCCAGAACAUCGACACAGGUGCUUCAUGGAACAACUUUUUAAAAUAUUCUUAUACGUUAAUACCAUUAGAAACAAAUCUAAUAUUGAAGUAGCAUAGAGUUACAACAUGUCGCGAUAAAUUGUCAAUGUUACAAAUGUGCCUAAAUGUUAUCGCUAGCUCAGAUGCAAUACUGGUUUAAACAGCGUGUUCCAGGAAUCUAGGUCAUUGUUCACGGUUGGCCUAUCGACACACAGCUGCCAAUUAACGGGUUUCAACUUUCCAGUACAACUCUAAAUGAGAAUGUAUGAUACACCAUACCUGACAGAAGAAAUUAAAGAAUUGAUUAAUUUCAUGUCUUUCUUACUCAAGUAUAAUUUUUUUUUUUUUAACUCGCCAUGUAAAGCGUCAUGUUUUGCUUGAUGUGUGAUGGUUGGGGUGGCUACCCCGAAACUGAACUCAUUUCUGUAGAUGGUUCGUGCACCUGUAGCAUUCACAGUUCUUGAGGCUCAACACCUCGGCUACGGAUGUUUAAGUUAACAUUCACUGACCAACCUUCACAGUGAAUUGAUAAAUAAAUUCUCAAAAUUAUUAUAAUUAUUUUCACAACAAAAUUUACUGUGAAUUUUUUUGAGAGUCAAAAAUUUUUACUCUGCCAGCAGCCAGGUUUGAAAAAUAUUUGUGAUCGUAAUUUAGCCGAAUAUAAGAUAAAAAAAGCUUUCUUUCAUUUGCGUGUUCGCUGGUUUCUUAAUCUGCAGAGUCAUCAAGGGUCAUUAUUAAAAUUAUAUCAGUCUUUCAUCUGACCUUUGACAAAGUGUUACAUAAGGGUUCAUGGAGUAGCUGCAUUAUGUCAAGAUGCUUAGUGAAAAUUAUUUAUUAUUUAUUUAUUUAUUUAUUUAUAAUUUAAGCUAUAACAUAAUGUAUUCUUUUAAUUAGUUUGCAGUUGAAGAUUUAAAUGUAGUUUAAAAUAUCUGCAAGUUUUUAAACAUACAAUCAAACAUCACAGGGUGAAUUACUCUAAAUCGAGCAGAAUAUUUUGUCUUACGAGUAUGUGUUUAUUAAGAGAAGUCUGGCUUUCAAAUUUAAAACAAUAGCUGAUGUUAUAAUGUUUUUGUGCAAAUUAAAUUAGUUUAAUAUUUAAAUUUUAGUUUUAAUAAAUAGCUGUGUUUAUUCAAAAAAUGAAAAUAAUUUAUUUUAUAGUUUACAACAUGUACUGUAAUAUAACUAUAAAUUAAAAUAGAUUCUUCUUCUAAGUGUGAAUGCUUGUGUUAAAUUCAAUUAAUCUCGUAUAAAAAUAUUUUCCUUUACAAAUAUUAGUAUUUAUAUUGUUUUUUCAGCUAGAUAAUGGUGGUAUAAAAUUUUUAAAAUUAAUUAAAUAAUUUGAUUGGGAUAUGUACUUAUGUCAUUGGUUUGUUAAUUCAUGUUUUGUGAGUACGUUUUAAAAAUAAAAUCAGAAUUUUUUCUGACACGGUGUUAUUAAUCUUGUCAAAUGAAAACCCAGCCACCACACUUUAUUCAGAAAGCUUCUUAAAUAUCGUUCAUAUUGUAUGAAGCUAAUUAUGCCUUGUCAUAUAUUUUAAAAUGAAGUUCAAGUUUGUUGAUGUGUGAAAUCUAUUGCCAGUUGCCUAGCCUCAAGGCUAACAGUUUAAUUUCUUUAAUGUGUUAUAUCGUAUAAUAGUGAAGAGAAGUCGGUUUUAAUUAAAUGUUAUUCCGAUGGGAUUGCGACGUGGUAACUGGCUGAGUUGCGGCUUGCCAGUCGGCUUGAUGGAUCGACCAUGUUCAGGCUCGGCGCUAGUGUCUGCGGCAGAGCUCUGUUCAGGCUCGGCGCUAGUGUCUGCGGCAGAGCUCGUCCACCUAGCUGCUCGGUGUCCUCUUGGUUGUGAACCAGAAUCUGCUAGAGCCGCGCUACCGCCGUCGGCAGCCUUAUUUCAUCUUUUUUUUUUUUUUUUCUUUUUUUCGUAAUUGGCUACUUCUAUCGUCAAAACCUCUUUAUUUUAAUCCUUAUAAAGGCUCCUUAAAAUAUUUGAAUAAAUAAAAAUAUUUUCAAGAGUUAGGUGGAAUUGAAACCACCACUUUAAACACUCGGCGACCGUGCCAAUUUUGAUGCGAGGACUCUUACAAAUGCAUACAAACGUUAAUAUUCUUUCGGCGAUUGUAAAAGUUUUACAAGUUUAGAUUAAAUAAUCAGUAUAUAUUCCAUAUCUAGUAAAGGUAUUACAUAUUUAUAUUAAAACAAUUUUUGAAGUGAAACUUCUUUGCUGAUGGGGCUACAAAUUUCGAGCGUUACGAAAAUUCCGAUCGCAUGAGGGGAAUAGCUAGGUACGUGGUGGGGGAACCGGUAGUGCAGGAGAGGGCUUCAGCGGCGACGCCACUCCAACGCAUGCGCUAGCGGGCGAAUGGGGUUUUGUCAAGGUUGGCCAGGCAUGUCUAUAGUCAGUAGUCGAGCGGCUUUCUCCGUCGAUACUCGACGGACAUGUUAUACAGGUCAUGUACAAUGUCAGGCGUGUAGGCCAACCAUCUCUGAUCCACAAGGCCUUCGGCGAUACCUGUUAUUGUUCUCAAACAAUUAUGUCCUAUUUCAAGCACACAAGACAAGAAAUAAAUAAAAUGUAAGCAUUAACAAACAGAUUAAACAAUUUAUAUGAGUUCACUAUACUGCAAGAACUCAAAAUUAGUAGAAAAUAUUUUCUGAUAAAGAAGUUGAAAUUAACGGUUCUAACUUUGGUAAAAGAAUUAC